CCCACUGGCACCUACUAAGGAUCCAUCAAAGAAAACCCUUUUAGCCAAGCAAACAGGGCUAAAUAUUGCAAGAGAUACUAUUAUAUCUUCAAAGAAACCCCCCAAAAACACAUCCAUACAAAAUGCUGGAUCCCACUGGAACCUAUCGGCGACCCCGCGACUCGCAAGACAGCCGCCAAAAGAGGCGACAGGACUGUCUGGAUCCCACCGGGCAGUACUGAUCGAUCCCCAUAUCCGACUGGAGAGCCCCAUAACGCCCGUGCCUUAUCCAAAAAUUCUGGGCAUGAUUGGGGGAGCGCGCUGGUUGCGCGUUCGUGGCCGCGAGGAGACUUCCAGCUGCCGGCGCAGGAGAAAGCUGGGGAUUCCCCGGCAGACCCCUGCGAUGCGAUCUUUUGUAUUUAUGUAGUUUUUGCGUAGCCUACCAAUACCUAUUACAUUAAUUAUUUAUUAUUACCAUACUAUUUAAAUUAAAUAUUGUUCAUUGCUGUUCACAAAACACCGAAGCGCACACAUACAUAUCCAAUAUCCCAUAUUGUAUCACACCAUAUAUGUUAUAUAUAUAUAUUCAUAUACACUGGUAAUUGUUUCUUCAAAUUGGAAAAGAUUACGCAAAGAGUAUUACGUUUAGUGUCAUAUUUCCCGAGCAAAUCUUCGUUUGUUUAAAUUAUUAAUUUUAUUUAUUGCCAACGAUUUGUAAUGUUUUUUGCGCUCGCUGAGAGCCAGGAAAAUCAUACGGAGCGAGAAAUUUUGUUUAGAUCUUAAGCGUAUUAAGCUAUUUAUAUGUCUACACCUGCGACCAACAUCCAGACACCCCAUACACACACCUCUCACACCCAUAAAGAUAUAAUAUUAAAAGAAAAUCAUAUUUAAAACUGAAAA